UCCAGCAGAAUGCUGAUCUUAUGGCCGUUAGGCGUUGGUGCAGUCAGGAGCUCGAUGGACAUCUUGGGAGUGGUGGUUGUUGGCAGUGGAUUGAGUGGAGCCGAAUUCAGAUUGCGACAUCGAAACCCGAGAUCCAGAUACAAGCACAUCAUCAAAGUGCAACCCUGAUAGAAGCCAGCAGAGGGGACAUGGCCGCGGCGCCUGUAUCUAUAGACGUCGCGGUCACAGAGGGGACUGUUCCGGUGAAACCACCAGGACUCGGGAAGCGUGGGCCAAAGAGCCGCUCAGGCUGCCGCAUGUGCAAGCUGAGGAGAGUUCGCUGCGAUGAAGUCAGGCAAGCCGAUAUGUAACAAUUGUUUUAAAAGAGGCACAGACUCUGAGUGCAGCUACAAGGCAAUCAGGCGAUCAGGACCAUUCACGCCAGGCGAUGCAAGACAUGUUGAUGAUGCGGGGCCAAUCGGCAGUCCUGGACAGCUACUCAGCUACUACUUUGCGCACGUCGCUGAUGUCUUUUCCAUCUUCCAUGGUAAAGACAAUCCAUUUGCGAUGAAACUACGUGAACUUGUGCAAGAUUCACCGCCCCUGACUUUUGUGAUCCAGUGCAUGAGUGCCUUCAUCAUGUCUGCAAAGGAUCCAAGUCUACAUGAUAUGCUCGCAAAAGGCUUAGCUCUACAACAGCAGUCAUUCCUUGCUCUCCAAGAUGCACUCGGACAAGAAGACCAUGCGCAGAGUGACGCAACCUUUGCAUCAGUCAUCCUGCUAGGCCUUUCUGAAUCCUGGGAGGUACAGCGCAAGAACUCGAGUGGACUGCAUCAUCUGUUUGCAGCAAAGCAGUUGCUCAUUGAACGGUAUGCGCAGAUUGACAAGAUGCCACCGCCUGCCACCUACUUGACGAGCAUGUUGCUCUACUGGGACACGCUUGUCUGUGUGCACAAUGAUACACGCUAUGAUUCACGAUACCUGGCCGCUUUGCAACAAGCUUACAGUCAAGCUCAUCUUCAGCCGCUUGACUCGAUCAUCGGAAUCAACUACACGCUCUUUCUCAUCAUCCAGGACGUCCUGCAGCUUACACGCCAAACAGAUGUAAGUAUAGAACAAAUUCACCAACAAUGUCGAGCACUCGCAGGAUGGGAGCAAACUCUAUCGCCCCAGCAGCUCUCGCAGGUCGAGGGCAAGCUGGGUCCAACGUGCAAGCUAGAGCACGUCCUGCUUUGCGGAGAAGUAUGGCGACAAGCGACGCUUGUCUUGAUUCAUCGUCAUUGGGCACCUAUGUUAGGCACGACCGAUGAAGCACUCACAGAGAUGGCAAGCGCUGGUCUUCAGCUAUUACGGAGUAUCCCGGACGCUUCAAGUGUUUGUGUGCGAGACAUGUUUCCCCUGGCAGUACUGGCGCCGGAUAUCAAGGAUUAUACAGACCGGGCCUUCAUUACAUCUCGGUAUCAGGCACUGUACGAAGCCAUCAAGAUUGCCUACAUCAAGGAUAUCAGCGAUUAUUUGACGGAGUUGUGGCAAUCGAUUGACACACGGGCACAUCGGUCAAAGGAGUGGUUGCAGCUCAUGGCGGAUCGGUCCUUUACGCCGUUGCUUGGCUAGCAGGCCUUUCUACAUGUACAGCUAGA